AGAAGGACCACGCGAGCUUCAUGGCCCAGAAGUGGAAGCGCUGCUGGUUUGUGCUGAAGGGCCACACACUCUACUGGUACCACCACCCCAGUGAUGAGAAGGCUGCAGGGCUCAUCAACGUGGCCACCUAUGACCUGGCGAGCACGAGGGACCCCAGCAGCAAGGGCAUGUCCUCCUCUAGUGUGUUCCAGCUCUCCCAUCAGAGGUACAAGCCCUUCGUCUUCGCUGCAGAGACGCUGGCUGAUCUGAGCAUGUGGGUCAGUCGCCUGAUAACAGCCAAAACGAAGUACACGCUGGCCCACCAGUCGGUCCCGGACAGGGAGGAAGACUGCUACAGCGAGACAGAAGCCGAGGACCCCGAUGACGAGUCCCCCAGGCAUGGAUGUGACUUGCCAAAGAAGAGGCUGCAAAACACCCCAGAGAAAUCCCAGCUCUUCCCAGCCAGCAGCGAGCCCAGCAGCGUGGCCAGCAGCCCCCAGGGCAGCCCCCGGCCCAGCUCACCCAUGGCCUCCUCAAAAAAAAACGCCGGGGAGGAUCUCGAGUGCCUGAUGCAGUGUCUGAAGCAGGGGGGGGUGUCCCUCAUCGGGCGACAGCGGUUCCUGACACAGGAGCAGUGCCGCAAAUCCUUCGUCCGGCGCAACAAGAACCCCCACAUCAACGAGAAGGUGCACGCGGUGCGAGCCCUGCAGAGCACGCUCAAGGCGAAGCUGGAGGAGCUGCAGGCGCUGGAGCAGCUGCUCAGCGAUGCUGCGCUCACCUCGGAGAAGUUCACGCGCUGGAAGGAAGAGCACCAGGAGCUGUACCAGGAGCUGCGGGAGUGGGGGGCACGGCAGCACGGCCAGGAUGAUGAUGAGGGGCUGGGGGCUGAGCAUGGACCCCCCGAAGAGGCGGCCGAACCCUGA